AUGCCACGCAUAAAGGAAGCCCUUCUCAUCUUAUACUUGGCGCUCCUGCCCCCCUUCUCUCUCAUCUUUCCUAUGCUCAAAACCAAGUGUGUGUACGUAGGAAAGGACUACCUGCAAGACCUCCAAAAAAUGGGCAUAUUUGAAAAAAAUAGCUCAAAAAUAAGAAAGGAGGUCUUCGAAAGCAUAAACCGUACGCACGAAACCUACUCGUCGUGCAGAACCUGCAUCAAGCUGAUUCAGUUGAUAGGGAAAAUAAUCGAAAAGAAAAAAGAACCAUAUGUAGAUAUAGCCAUAGAGGAUACACUGGAAACGAACUUGUGUGACUCCAACCUUUGGCACGAACAUUUCAAUUACGACGAACUGUUGUAUAGUGAACAUAUCCUCAAUUAUUGCAAGGUUACAUUGAACGUCACUAGGGAUAGCAUAGAAAAGCAUAUAUACCAGUUUUACAACAAAGAGGAAUUAUUUUACCGGACAGUAUGCUUACAUAUCAACCCAGUAUGCAAAACUGCCAUUGAGGAAGAGAGAAUUAAUAUCAGUACGGAAUCCAAAGUUAAACUGAUAUACCAGUUAUACUGUGACUACUUAACUGGACAGGAACACUAUAGCCAAACGACCCAAGGCGUGCCAUAUAAGAAAAUUGAAUCCGCAGACAACUCAAAGUUAACCCUCAUGAGAAGCGACUACACACUUGUCCAAUCCGAAAUUGGGACAAUGCACCAUAAAAAAUUGGCUGACGAUUUUGCAGCAGGGAAAUUGAGACUGCUUCGAAUUAGUGAGCUUGCUGACGACGUAUUGGAGGUUUUCCUGCGGAUGAAGGAGCAGGACGUUUUCAAGUUCCUAUUUUACUGCCAAUCGUGUGAAGACCACAUACUGGAAGUCAAAAUUAAAAUACACCGUGUAUCGGACAAUAUAGAUUCCAUCAUUAAAGAAAGUUACCAACAUAAUUUGAUCGAUAAUGACAGGCAUUUUUUGCUAUACAAACGGCCCGUUACAUGA